UCCCCUGAGAUUUUCCCGUUUUUCCCUAAACCAUGAGUGACUCCGGGAAUGAUGUCCUCAACAUGGAUGGCCCCACUUUUGAUUCCGAUCGAUAUCUCGAGAAACUUCUCAAGGAAUCCUCAUUGAAGAAAAUCAUGGACACGGAAGCAAACAUUGUGAAGGAAACUCAGACACUUCACAGUGAUAUGCAGACCCUUGUCUAUGAGAACUACAACAAAUUCAUCUCUGCCACGGAUACAAUCCGGAAGAUGAAGACGGAUUUUAAGAAAAUGGAAACAGAAAUGAAUCUCCUGGCAUCAAAUAUGAAUUCAAUUACUGUGUUCAGUGAACAGAUAACAGGGACACUGCAGGAUACGCGUCAGCAAUUGAGUAAGUUGUCCGGGAAGCAUUCUCUGCUGAAGAGACUUCAAUUCCUCUCCACACUUCCGGCAAAGAUGAAAACGCUGAUUGAGGAGGAGAACUAUGCGCAAGCCGUUCAGGAUUACGCCCAUGCGCAGAAGGUGCUGGAGCAGUAUGGAAGUCAGCCAUCCUUUCAGGGUAUCCAGGAGGAUUGCCUGGCAAUCGUGGGGGAGAUGAAGGAGCGCCUCAAGAGGGAUUUCCAAGCUGCCGGGCAGAGUGCACAGAGUUUAACGCGCACGGGGGAACUACUGCUGCAACUGGGCGAGAAACCCAGUGAUCUGGCCAAGGAGAUGCUUCAGAGUGCCAACCAGCGACUCCACGAGCAAAUUGUCAUGCUGCAGGAUCAAACGGAUCGCGAUAUGAUUGAAUUUGUCGACUUGGGCCUCGAUGGCUUCCUCAGGGAUCUCAAUCUUGUCGUCAGUUCGUACAAGGAUAUGUUCCUGGUGCGCAUGAUGGAUCAGGAACGUGAUGAUUUCACCGAGACUGCCACGGAGGAUCUCAAUGUCUUCGUGCAACGCAACAUGGACAAGUACAUGGCCCUCGUGCAGGAUCGCGUGGAAGCUGAGAUGGGUCGUGGAGACUCCCAGGUUAUGCUGCGUGCCCUUGAUCGUCUACAUCGUCGUCUCCUGGCCAUGGGGAAUCUCUGCCGCGCAGUUGAUAUGACAAAAACAGGCUUGGACAUUGUCAUCAAUGCUGCCCAUCAGCUGUGCAAAUCCCACUUCCGCACACUCAAGGAACACUUUGGGGAUCGCAUGAGUUCCGUUAGGCUCUCCCUCGUGACCACACGGAGUGACGCAUCAGCCCCAAGCUUCAGUGAACUCAUCUCCAAUCUCUACUUUUCAACUGUAGAGAAAGUCAAGGGAGUCCUGCAGGAUUUGCUGGUUUUCCUGCAGCCGGAAUGGUCAUUCAAUCUCAAGAAUAACUACAAAGGUUCCCUCUGUGUCGAUGGGAUCCGGGAGAAUCUCCUGGUUGCCUUCAUUCAUCACAUUAUCGAAGUCAUGAUGUCCUUCUGCAGCAUAAACUCCUCCUCACCGCCCAAUCUCUUGCUAAUCCUCUCCAAGACAUGCCUGGAAAUGGAUCAAGUGGGCAUUCAUUCCCUCAUGUCUCUCGUGGAUGAUCUGUAUGAGAUUGAAUCAGAGAACAGCGCCACCCUGACGCACGAAAGUGAGCUUUGUGCUGAAAUGCGUGAUGCUGCACAAGCUCUCCUGGACACAUAUGUCCGUGUGCAGGGCCUAAACAUCUCCCAAAUGCUCCGGAAGAGCGUUGAGACGAGAGAUUGGCUGAAUUGCCUCGAACCCCGUUCCGUGCGGGCCGUCAUGAAGCGCGUCGUGGAGGAGCUAAAUGCAAUUGAGGGCGUUCUCAGUGGGCUAUACGAUGCUGGGACACGAACAGCCGCCUCCAGUGAUUCCAGCCGCAAAACCCACUUCAGCUUGUCAGCCACGAAGCAACCUUUCCGCUCCAAUUGGUCCACGUACACACCGUCACAGCUUGAAAGUAGCUUCGCCUCCAACAUUCAUCGUCUCUUCACGGAACGCAUUGAAAUCUUCAGCUCUGUGGAAUUCUCCAAAGUCUCCAUUGUCACGGGGAUCAUCAAGAUCAGCCUCAAGACGCUCCUUGAGUGCGUCCGGCUGCGGACUUUCAGCAAAUUCGGAUUGCAGCAAAUUCAAGUUGAUGCUCACUACCUUCAGAUGAAUCUCUGGAAGUUUGUUUCGGAUGAAAAUCUCGUUCAUUUCUUGCUGGAUGAAAUUCUGGGAUCGGCUGUGCAUCGAUGCUUGGAACCCAUUCUCAUGGAACCCAAUGCCGUGGAAAUAAUAUGUGAACGCAGCUAAAGUGUGUGACUCUUCUUUAUUUUUAUUUAUUUUUGUAGCAUUCCUAUAGUAUACUUCAUCACUUUUUAUUUCUCUUUCAUCAUCAAUGUACAAUAAUUUAGUAAAAUAUCUAUAAAUACACUAGGGGAGAGCGGGGUUAAAAAAGUCACUUAAGGGUUUAGAAAAAGCUCAAAAUAUCAUAUUUCCCAAACAGAUAAAGCGAAAUGUAUAGUCCAAUUCUUUAGGAUAUUUCUUGCCCUACAACUCUUUCUAAGAUCAUUUUGUUCAAUCUAGCUAGGAAAUAUGAUAUUUUAAGCCUUUUCCAAACCCUUAAGUGACUUUAUUAACCCCGCUCUCCCCUACCCACAAAAAGUUCCCCAGGCAAACGAAAAUGGCGUUUUCUUGAAGGCAAGGCAAACUUCAGAGAUCGAAAGUUAGAGGGCAUGAUUUUGGCAUGAUUAGCUAUCAUUUGAAUCCGAGUUUGUCCAAAUCGGUCAACCACAGGCUGAGAUGUCUUCAAAAAUGUAUUUUUUCAUUAUGGUUCACUAAAAUGGCAGCCACGAUCGAAUCGCUUGACCGAUUUUCAAAAAUUUACCAGUUUUGGAAAGGUAAUUAAAUUACCUUUCCAAAGAUAGUCUGUUUGUCAAAAUCGGUGCACUAGCGGCCGAGUUAAAAGAGGUCAAAAUCAAAAUUUGUAAAUUUCUGAAAAAAAGCCUUUACCUACUUGGUUAACCAAAAUGGUUAUCAAGAAAUAACAGACUGACCGAUUUUCAAUCGCAUUUACCAGAUUUGGAAAAAGAAUUAAAUUACCUUUCCAACGAUAGUCUGUUUGUCGAAAUCGGUGCACUAGCGGCCUAGAUGCAAAAGGUCAAAGUGAAAAUUUGUGAAAUUGCUGAAAAAAACGCUUUUACCUAGCUUUACCAAAAUCGCUGCCAAGAAAUAACAGGUUGACCUAUUUUCAAAAAUUUACCAGUUUUGGAAAGGUGAGAAAUGUACCUUUCCAAAACUGGUCGAUUUUUAAAAAUCGGUUAUCCACAGCCGCAGAUAUAGCCACUUGAAAUUUGUAUUCAAAAAUACUCCACUUUUGCUUGCCCAGGAAACUUUUAACAGGUAGUGUAUAAUUGAAUAAUAUAUUAUAAUAUAAUAUUAAACUCUUGAAACUCGUGUUACAACAUUUUCUUCUGCGGAAAUCUAAUCCUGAUGGCUAAUUUGAACUUGAGAAAAAAAAUAACAUAAAUUGUACAUAAAUUGGAAAAGAAAAUCUCUCACUGGAAACUCAACCAAUUUGCACGAAAUUGGUGAGAAUUUGUCGUUUUCUUUGAACUCUCUUUUUUUCUGUAAUUUAUAUUUCGUUAACAUUUACACAGAUACACAAUAGAAAUAAAAUUUAUAGAAAUGGUAUAAACAGAAAUAUUUAAUAAUAAUAAGAAAAUAAUAUUAAAAUUCUA